UCCCCUUCCCAUUCAACACUAUCAGCACUUUUUUACUUUCUUUCUCUAUGGCUUCCCACAAACUCCUCACCAUUUUCCUGCUUUCUCUCAUGUCUUACUCUUCAUUCAGUCAGGACUGCACACCUCCAAAGCCCGCACCCACACCACCUACUCCAAAGCCACCACCCAGUCCAAAGGUAAGCCCGCCGCCCACCCCAAAGGUAAGUCCACCACCCUCGCCCACACCGCCCAGCCCAAAGCCCAGCCCAAAGGUAAGUCCACCAACCUCGCCCAAUGCCUGUCCUCCUACUCCUCCUACUCCUACUCCUCCUCCACCUGCUUCCUGUCCUAAAGACACCCUAAAGCUAGGUGUUUGUGCCAAGGUCUUAGGACUUGUGAACAUUAUUGUUGGAACUCCACCUACGAGUGACUGUUGCGCUUUGAUCAAAGACUUGGCGGAUUUGGAAGCUGCACUUUGCCUUUGCACUGCCAUUAAGGCCAAUGUGCUUGGAAUCAACUUGAAUGUUCCUGUCACGCUCAGCGCGAUCCUCAGUGCGUGUCAGAAAACUGUUCCUCCUGGCUACCAAUGUCCCUCCUAGGAUUCAAAAUAAUUAGGUUCACUUCUCAGAUAUAUACCAUCAUGCGCUUUAUGAUUCAUCUAGUGCUUUUAUACGCAUUUAUUUCGCAAUUGUUCUUGUUUUAAUCCUUGUGUUCUUCCUACAGUACUAUUGUUGUUAAUUAAUGUUUGUUGCAUCAGUUUUCUAUACUCGAAUUAUUGACAGGGCAAGCUUGUUUGCCUUGAUUUGUCUCCUGCCUCGUACAUGUAUCAUGGAAUAUUGUCUUAUUUCAUCAUUAUGUCCACAUUCCUACUUACUCUUU